AUGGCAAAGCAAAUGGCGGGAAAUGACAAUGAGCUCAUUAACAGAAACGCAUCAAUAAUGGGUGCAAAGCAGAGCAAACGCUCGGUGGAUAUAAGCGGCAAAGAAGCCGAGAGCGCCGGCGAGGUGGCUGCGGCUGGUGCUGGAGGCGAGGGGCGCAUGGAGCAGCUGGCUGACGCCGAUGCGCUGAAGCCACAGGCGAACGGAGAUGCUCACAUUCACGAAACACCCGAAAAAGAGAAGCAACUUGACAGCGGCACACCUGAAAAUGAAAAGGACGCCACAACCGAAAAAGAAAUGAAAGAACAAGAUGAGAGUGAGAAAGAGAAGGAGAGUGCCGUCACAAAUGGGGAAAGUGAACCUAAAGCGGAAAAUGGUGACGAUGUGUCGUCGCCGGACGAUGGCAAGAAGAAGAAAGAAAAGGUCAAGAAGAAAUGGUCGCUAAGAUCGAUCAGUUUCAGCAGAAAGGACAAACCGAAGCAGGAAAAGAAGCAAAAGGACAAGGAAAUAAAAACCAAUGGCGAAACAGAAGAAGUUCCAGAAGAGGCGGCUGAGUCUACACCUGAAGUUGUAGAAAAGGAAGUAGCUGCGGAAACAAAGUCUGAUGUUGAAAAGGACGAAAAGACACCAGAAACACCAGUGACAGAGCCUCUUACAAAUGGAAGCAGCACACCUGAAUCCCCAAAAGUGGAAAGUCCUAUUCCAGAGGAACCCAAAAAUGAGGUAGUAGAAAGCGACCCGAGGCCAGAACCGAAAGUGGAAGCCGUCGAACCACAGAAAUUACUUGUUAAUGGUCAGGCCCCAGAGGAAGAAACAAAAAAAGAAGAACCUACUGAAGUCCCCGUAGUCGAUUCAAACAAGACUGAGGAGCCUAAGAUCGAAGUCACCGAAACGGUACCGUCGUGUGAAAGUCCUGUUAAAAAAGAGGUUUGUGUCGAUCAAACGCCUUUGAUAGAGCCUACGCCUCCCCCUCUUCCCGCUAAUCCUCCUCCAUCUUCUGUGGCUUCCUUUGCCGCUACCACUAUGGCUCCCGAACUCAUUGACGCUUCACUCGCUAAUAAAACCAAUAAUAUUGAUACUGUAACUGCUGACGAAACCCCCGUUACGAUUGAAAACUCCAUCCCGAACGAGCCUGAAAUAACUGAAACUAUCAAAUCUAAUCUUGAAACUGAACCCUCGGAUCCUAAAACCGACGUCAUUGAACAAAUUAUCGAUACUAACGCACAACCGAGUCUUUCUAAUGAAAUGUCAAUAGAGAACUCUCUGAAAGACCCUGCCGUUUGUGACAAUAGUGCUGAAGAAAAUAUUAUCCCCACUGUAGAUGUCCCAAUAGCAAAUGAAUCUGAUUCAAUACUCGAAUUGACUGAAACGAAAGAAGCUGCACAGGAAAUUGUUCAAGAGACAACUGAGGAGCAGGCACCAUCAACAGUUGAAGAUAUUUCGAAAGAUAGUACUAGUGAAAUAUCUAAAUUCGAACAGGACAGUGGCAUCUGUGAGUUGAAAGAAAACGACAUCGAUACGAGCAUCCAUUCUCAAAACGAAUUGAACGGAACUACUGAUACUGCAAACGAAUCGGAAAUGUUGAAGACGAAAGGAAAAGAAAUUAUCGAAAACAAUGUCGACGUAAUGCUGAAUGGAGACGCGAUAGUGAUGAAUGGCAAUGAGUCCCCCGCGGGCGAUUCGGUGGAGGAAAUAGCCGAGAGCGGCGACGAGUCUGUAAAGGGCGUAGCCGAGUCAGUGCCCCCUUCAUUGUCCGAGGCGUUGGAGCAGCCGGCGGCCGCAGCAGAAGACUCGGAGUCUUUCCCCUUGCCGCCGAGCGACCUCUGCCCGACAGAGUCAGAAAUAUCGGCGCCCGCUUCGCCCGAGCCUCUUCCCGCCACACAGGAAACUCUGCCUAUCGCUGACAAAAUGGCGGACCUCAUUCCCGAACUUCCCACUGUACCAGACCUAAACACGGAAACGGUUACGACAACCGACAUAGCGGUGGAGAAUUAA